AUGCCUCCCAAGGUCGCAAAGCCCGCUGCCUCCAAGGCGGCUUCAGAUGCCAAGAAGCCUGCCGCGACCAAGGCCAGCGCAAAGGCGACAUCCAAGACCGCCGCUACCACCAAGGCGACAACAACCAAAGCCGCCAAGAAGGAUGAGAAGCCAGCCAAGGCCAGCGCAAAGGCCGUCGUCAAGGACAAGACUGACGAAAAGACUGAAGAUGAGAAGCCCGUGACAAAUGGCGCCCCCGCCGUCAAGCGAAAGGCUUCAGAAACGGAGGACGAGCAGGAAGACGUCGUCAUGGAAGAGCCCCAGCCCAAGAAGAGCAAGACUGACAAGGAGCCACGCGCCGCACCGGCCAAGGCCAAGAAGCCCUCUUUUCCCGAGAUUGGAAAGAAGAUCAACGACGCUCCCACGCAAGUUCUGGACAUUUACGUCUUUGGCGAAGGUACUUCAGGCGAGCUCGGACUGGGAAGCAAGCGCAUCAACGGCAAGAAGCCCAUCGAUGUGAAGCGUCCUCGACUCAACGACAACCUCUCGGCCAAGACAGUCGGAGUUGUACAGAUCGCAUGCGGCGGUAUGCAUGUCGUUGCGCUUACUCGCGAUAACAAGAUUCUCACUUGGGGCGUGAAUGACCAGGGCGCUCUGGGUCGAGACACAAACUGGGAUGGUGGAUUGCGGGACCUCGACAAGGCUGACGACUCCGACUCAGAGGAUGAAGACGACACCGGCAUCAACCCCAAGGAGAGCACGCCGACCGCCCUGUCUGAGGAAGACUUUGCCCCCGGCACCAAGUUUGUUCAGGUCGUUGCUAGUGACAGCGCCUCCUUUGUGCUCACGGAAGACGGACGUGUCUAUGGAUGGGGUACCUUCCGAUCCAGCGAUGGUAUUCUGGGCUUUACGGAACACGUCAGGGUUCAGACGCGACCUACUCUCGUUGCUGGCCUGAAGAACAUCAAGGCUCUCGCCGCCGGAGCCAACCACAUCCUCGCGCUCGACACCAAGAACAACGUUGUGGCCUGGGGAUGCGGCCAGCAGAACCAGCUCGGCCGACGCAUCAUUGAGCGCAACAAGAUGUCUUCUCUGAUUCCCCAGGGAGUCGGCCUGCCUCGAGGCAAGAUUGCCAAGAUUGCCUGCGGCUCGUACCACAGCUUCGCCAUUGAUAACAAGGGAGCCGUUUGGGGCUGGGGCUUGAACAACUUUGGCGAGAUUGGUGUUGAGAGCAACGCCGGCGAGGACGAUGCCGUCAUCCUCAAGCCCGUCAAGAUCACCUUCCUCGCCGACCACACCGUCACGGGUAUUGAGGGUGGUAUCCAUCACUCUCUGGCAUGCACCGAGAAGGGAGAGCUGUUUGCCUGGGGCCGUGUGGACGGUUACCAGGUUGGUUUUGAACUCGAGGCCAUCGAAAAGGUCGACAAGGAGUACGUCAUCCGGGACGAGAGAGGCACUGCUAGGAUCCUCAUUAAGCCCACCAAGCACGAAGGUAUCUCUGAUAUCGUGUCGGUUGCUGCCGGUACCGACAACAGCUUUGCUAUUAGCAAGGACGGUAAGGCAUACUCCUGGGGCUUUUCGAGCAACUACCAGACUGGCCAGGGCACCAUCGACGACAUCCAUGUCCCUACCUUUAUCGACAACACUGCCACCAGAGACAAGAAGAUUAUUGCUGCCGGCGCUGGUGGACAGUUCUCUGUCCUCAUUGGCUUGGCCGAAGACGUGCCCACUACCAACGGCGAGGUGAACGGUGCUCACUAA